UCCUCCUCCUCCUCCUCCCCGCCAUGGGCAGCGCCGCGGCGGCGGGAGCGGGCAGGGCGCCUUGCCGCGCCGGGGCCGCCGCUGGGCAUGUGCCAGGCCCGGCCGCCGCGUGAGCGCCGCCGCCGGCGAUACCGGCAGUAUUGUCCGCGUCCGCUCCCGGGCGAAGCCCAGGGCGGCGGGUGCCAUGAAUAGCAGCUGCGCGUCCCCCGCCGCCGCCGCCGCCGCCCGCCGCCUGCAGCACCGGGAUCGAUAGAGGCGGGGGCUGCGGACGCACUAUGGCCGGCAGCGGUUACACGGACCUGCGGGAGAAGCUCAAGUCCAUGAUGCCCUACCGGGACGGCCACAAAGGCGGCAGCGGCGGCGGCGGCAGCCUCCCGCGGGAACCCCCCGAACCCCCCUACGAUCGCAAACGCCGGCACCAGGAGGAUUCCGGCUCGGAGCCCAGCGACUACGAGGAGCAGAAGGAGGAGGAAGAAGCUCGGAAAGUCAAAAGCGGCAUCCGCCAGCUUCGCCUCUUCAGCUCCGAGGAGUGCGCCAAGAUCGAAGCUCGGAUCGAGGACGUGGUGUCCCGGGCGGAGAAGGGGCUCUACAAGGAGCACACGGUGGAUCGGGCGCCGCUGCGGAACAAGUAUUUUUUCGGGGAGGGCUAUACCUACGGGUCUCAGCUGCAGAGACGAGGCCCCGGCCAGGAGCGCCUGUACCCGCGGGGGGAGGUGGACGCCAUUCCCGAGUGGGUGCACGACCUGGUGAUCAGGAAGCUGGUGGAGCACCGGGUGAUUCCCGAGGGCUUUGUGAACAGUGCCGUCAUCAACGACUACCAGCCGGGGGGCUGCAUUGUCUCCCACGUGGACCCCAUCCAUAUCUUCGAGAGGCCCAUCGUCUCCGUCUCCUUCUUCAGCGACUCGGCGCUCUGCUUCGGGUGUAAAUUCCAGUUCAAACCCAUCAGGGUCUCGGAGCCCGUUCUCUUCCUGCCCGUGAAGAGGGGAAGCGUCACGGUGCUCAGUGGAUAUGCAGCCGAUGAAAUUACACACUGUAUUCGACCACAGGACAUUAAGGAAAGAAGAGCUGUCAUCAUCCUUCGAAAAACAAGACUAGAUGCACCUCGAUUGGAAACAAAAUCCCUGAGUAGCUCUGUGUUGCCACCAGGUUAUAACUCUGACCGUCUAUCGGGAAGCAACCGGGACCAGAUCCUGAAACCAAAGCGGUCCCAUCGCAAAGCAGAUCCUGAUGCUGCUCACAGGCCACGGAUUCUAGAAAUGGAUAAAGAGGAGAACAGGCGCUCAGUCCUCUUACCAAAACAUAGGAGACGGAGCAACUUCAGCUCUGAGAACUAUUGGCGAAGGUCUUACGAGUACACGGAGGACUGUGACGAGGAAGAGGAGGACGGCAGCCCAGCCAGGAAAGUUAAAAUGAGGCGACACUGAGGAUUGCACUUUCCAGGCUUGUGGAGCUGAUGAGAUUGGCCUCCAGUCUGUGAAAACUUUCUCCUCCCUCUGGCUAUCUUCCAUCUAGCUUCAGUUUUGGUUUUUCCUUUCAGGCUGAAGAGUAAACAGGAAGGAUCUAGGCGAUUUGUUUUUAUGAAUGGAGGAAUGCUGAGACAUACGUAAGGAUGGAACAUGUCCAGUGCACAUGGUGUCCUGAGUCAUGGGUCAAAUGGGCAUCUCUCCCUUAGGAAGCAGAUAAAGUUAUGCCAGGCUGUCUGUUGGGAUUUCUUUUGAAAACACCAAAAAGUUUAACUGUUUCAUUGCGCAAGAUUUCAAGAGUUGUAUUUUUGUUUUUUUGCUUUAACUUUGUUCCUUUUCAUGUGUUCUAAAUAUGAUGUUUGACCCCAGGAGCUGAAACACUCUGUGGUGGCCUCGUAUUCCUUGCUUCACCAAAGGGCUCCUUGGUCUGCUCUUACCUAGUUGUUGUUGGGUUGUGUUUUAAGGGUGCCCUGCAGUAACUGGAAGUUUGAAGCUUUGCAGACCCCUCUUACUGCAAUUGAUUUCAAAGAGUUUAGGACAUUUUUGUUGCACUUUAGUACCAGUUUUAAAUGCUGUAGGUUUCCUUUCCAGUCCCUUUUCACAAGUCAGUGGGGGCUCACAGCCUUGUGUCCCUGCGCUGCCCUCUCCGAGAAGAAUGUACUUGAGCUCUGGUUUCUCAGUGCUGGUCUGACUAGGGGUGUAUUUUGGUUGAGGAGGAAGGAGAUGUGGCUGGCUUCAUUUGAGGCUGGCUCAGCAUUGACCCGAGGUCCAUAUUGGAGUCCCGGGGCUGCUGAGUGAGUGAUCGCAUUGACUACAUGCUGCUUCCCAGAGCUGGAGAUAGCAAAGAGGAGUAGGAGAGACGCUGUGCUUGUGAGGACGCUUGCCUUGGGAUCCUCUGAGAAGACCUGUUCUCCACUGCCCCUUUUAGGUGGAGAGAGUUGAGAUGGCGCAGCAUCCCAUCCCGAGGGACCGGCUGCGUUCUGUCAGAGCAGGAACAGGCGCUGCCACGGCCUUGGGGGAGCUGGGCAGCUCCACUGCGGUCUGUCCCCUCCGAGGCUGGCUCUGGGAGCAAGGACGCUGCAAGGGUCUAGUUUGGCCCCAGUUCAGUGCAUUCAGCAGCUAGUGCUGCAGCGGUUGCCCUCCUCCUCCUCCUGGCUUAUUCCUGCCUGUGUUCCUGGGGUAGGGAGUUUUCUGGUUGCUACAGAAAAUGCUGAGAAAAAUCAGGCAUUCGGCCUCGCGGAGUUAGUGUUAGAAAGUCUGCCGCCUUCCUCCUCUUCUCCCACCCGGUUUGUGUUAGCCCAGACCAAAGCCUCAGCGUUUUCAAAGUUUGGGGCCCAACACCAUAUUUAGAACCGUACUUUUAAGAAACUUCCUCCAAUUGAUUCUUUGAACCCAAGUGUUGGCAGUUGUAAGGAGUAGUCUUAUUUUUAAAUUUUUACUGCUUUGCCCUCCCUCAAAUUGUAGUUUUUCUUAGUGUCGUGUCCCCCACACACUUCAUGGUCUGCACGCUUGGCAAUAAAAAGAUGUAAUAUAUUUUGAAACCCGUUUGCUGCUGUCUUGAGGGGCUCCCAGUCAAAACAAACAAACAAACAAACAAAAAAACCCAAACCCCAGGCGUCAUUCCCCGGAGUGCCGUUCCUUGACGAUCGAGCAUGUUUGCUGACAUCUGGGUUUCGGUGUUCUUUUCCUUCCCUGCUGACUUCUGCAGCUCCUGCCACUCGCCCGUUGUUGGGGUUUCUGCUCAGGCUGGAUCUAGCGGUCACAUUAGUGCAAAGGAAAUUACCAUCACCUUCACCACCGCUGAUCUGCGAGGUCCCCAGUGCCUGUCUCUUGAUUCUCUUUAUCCGAUUGCUUUCCUGGUGAGAGCCCCAUUCGGCUCGGUGCGGAGGUAUGGGCACAGCCUCACGGCCAGCCUUCGAAGGACCCUGUCUUGUCUGCCCAGAGAUCUAAAAGUUCAUGCUUCUGCUGCUUCUGAAACCUUUAAAAAAACCAUUUUCAGACCACGCUUAGUGUUUGAAGCGGUGUUCCUCACCCUCCCAGCUUUCUGCAGAGAAUCCGGGCCAGCUCUUGGCUACAAACACCCUGUUUUGGAAAGCUCGGCAUUCCCCUGGUAGCAAAACCGCAUGCUGGGAGCAGUGAUCCCUUCCCUUCCUUAUGGCUGGUGCAAACUUCUCCAACAAGCUAGAGACCUGCUAGCAGGAUGCCUAGCAAUGGCUGUUUCUAGUUGUCUUUCUGGAUUCAUCCUGGAUGUGCCCCGUGCCCUUCUCGGUGUCAGGCUCUGCUGUGGGUGCUGCUGACGGUGGCAGUGGUCGCUACCAGAGGUCUUGGCUCUGCACGACCUGCUCUCCCCCUCUCCCCCCCACCAGCUCCCAGUUUUACUCCUACCUCCAUAAUAUGGAUACUGUAUCCUGGUGUCUCAACUCAAAAUGAAGCUGGAGGCAAUCUGCCUUUCUGGGGCCGCUUCCCAGAGCAGGGCUCCCGUGGGAUGAGGCAUUGGCUGUAUCUGCUGAAAAGGCAUCCUGAGGUCUUACCUCUAGCCUAGUACCAACCAUCACCUCAUCCCGGUCCUUGUGCGGUUUGUACACGCGCAGGUAUCCUUCCUUUCCUGUUUGUUUUAGUAUUCCUGCAUGCCAUGGUCGGGACCUCUCCCCUCCUUCCUUCCCCCACUGCCCCACAUCUGUGUGGUGGGUCUGAGCUGGCAGCUGUGGCUGGAGGGACAGGAGGAGCUCCUCGCCAGAGCCGCUUUCCAGCUGCUGUCUGUUCUCGUGUGCGCUUGGUUUUCAACCUGACUGGUUGGGGCUUGACACCUUGGAGAGAGAGAGAGAGUGGGAUGCAACCAGUCUGACCCGUAGCAUCUCUUGGGCGAGGAGACCCCAGCAUGUAGGCAGGCCAUCUUCCCCACUUGUACAGACAUUUUCUAUACGUACGGAUGUAUAUGUGUAGAUAACAUGGUUUUUUAACUCUUUUGCACUGAACAACAUCGGAGAGAAACCUUGAUUCCAAACCAGAAGAUUCAUUCUUCACAUGGAUCCAGAUGUCUAGAUCCCUUACUAUAACCUGUCUGGUAAAACUGGCUCAGAAAUACUGGUGAUGCCUGUACCUGUUCUCUGUUGCUGGCUGUGUUGGGUUGCCUGCAGGCUUCGGGUCAGGCUGGUGGCAUGGGUCUGGUGCGGAGGACGGAGGGUGGUGAGCUUCAGUUUGGAGGCAAAACUUCUCCCCGUCUGCUCCGUGGCAUGGGCUCAUGCACAGACCUGACCCCGUCGGCUUUGUCGUGUCUGUCUGGUCCGGUCGUGCGGUCCGACCUCCUCUCCAUCCACCUACAGCGUGUCAUUCAUGUAACCCGCUCAGCCCAAAACUUGGGAAUAAGGCUACAUCCAAUGUGAUGAUCCCAUGCACCCAGACCCACAGCCCAGACCAUGAGAACUGUCUUUCCUAAGGAAGGGGGAGGAAGGUGGGGUUUGUCCCCACUUUUCUGCAAAGAGCAGGAGGAAUUGGGGUUUGUUACCAUUACCUGUAUCUCGAGAAGACUCAGUGGUUGAACUAAAGCUCUUGCAUUGGUCGUGUGGGCUCGAUAUGUCCGUAGGAAGAGAAGGAAAGGCUGUUUGCUGGCGGUAAGAGGUGAGCUGGCCUAGGGAGGGGCUGUCAAGUCUGCCGGCAGGUCCCUGCCCGAUUGGGCUCGGCAGGCAGGCUGCCUGCAGCCAGGGAGCCCUGGUUGCCACAUCUGGCUCCAUACCUGCUGAACUCUCAUCCAGCUGUUAGGCGAGAGCUCUGAUGCCUGGGAGCUGCGAUCCCAGUACCGAGGCUUGGCUCAUCCCGGGGGUCACUGGGGUGCGGGGGAAGCUGAUUUGUGCCGGGGUGAGAGCUCGGGCCUUUGGCUCUCGGUGCUGUUAGUACCUAGCGCUCGCCGCUGCGUGGUCUGAGCCCCAUGGGUCGAAACAGCUGCCAUGCUUUGAGGAGGGCUCGGAGGGCUGGGGGGCAGGGGUCUGGACCCCCGCCAGCAGCAAAUAGUCUUUUAUCUGCCAAAAGUGUUCCCUUUCCCGGUCGAGAGGAGAAAUGUUUGGCCAAGAAGCGUGUCUCUGCUCCUUCCCGCGCCCCUGCCCACACUUACAAGUUCUGGCUGACUUUAAUUUUGUUUUUUAAAGAUUCUAAUUUUUUUUUUUUUGUUACAAAUAAAAAUAAAAAAAUAAAGAAGAAGUGGCAAUAUUUUUUUCCGUAAGCUUUUCCUAGGAAAAAGCGUGGUUUGUAACAAAGUUGUACAGUUCUGAAGUUUGAGAUACGAGAAGUACUGUGUGAAACGCUGUAAAUGGGGCAGAGAUUAUUUUAUGUACAGUCUGACGCGGGGGGAAUCUUUUAAUUCUGGUUGAUUCUUAGGAAGAAUUUGGUUCUUCACUGUCAGGGUUUGAAAUUUCAUGGUUUCAUUAUUAUUAUUUUUUUUUCUUGUAUAGAUUGCUGCAUUAAUUGAAUAAAAGCAGAAAGCAUCA